UGAGAUUGAGGAAACAGCUGAGGGGAUUUUUUUUUUUGGGCGGGAAAGUGUUGCACUGACAGGCACGCGCUCCGACUGGGGCACGAGAACCAGGGACACUUUCUUGCAGCUGGACACACACACAUAUACACACACACACAUAUACACACACACACAUAUACACACGCGCGCACACACACACACACACAUACACACGCGCGCGCACACAGACACACACGCGCACACAGACCAGGAUGGCGAAAGAGGCACGAGAGAAAGAUGCAUCACGAAAAUUUAGCGCAUCCCACUGGAGGCUGCAGAACAUCGUACAGGAGUCCAUGGACAGCUCGGACGAGGAGUUCUUCGAUGCCAGAGAUGUUAUGGAGGGGAAGACAGCCAUCCUGCUGGAGAUGAGCCAGUGGAACUCGAAUGAUCUGGUGGAGCAAAUUGAGACCCUGGGCCACCUGGAGCGCUCACGAGAAAGCCUGUACAGACUCAGACACCCUCGUUGUGCACCACAGAGCAGUGUAGAUGGUCUGGAGGACAUGGAGAAGAAAUGCAGAACGCAGCUGUUGAUCCUGGUUGUUCAUGGAGGUCACAUUCUAGACUCUGGAGGCGGUGAUCCAGGCGGGAAGGCAGGAGACACCGCGACGCUGGCGUCGGUGCUGGAGCGGGUGGCACGCGCUCACUUUCAGGAAGCAGCAGACAGCAUGCUGGUGCGCUUGGUGCCCUGCCCUCCCGUGUGUGCCGAAGCCUUCUCACUCGUCUCUCAUUUGAAUCCGUACAGCUACGACGAAAGCUGUGUUUGCAGUAGUGUGGAUCACCUGCCGUUGGCCGCCCUGCCCAUCCUCGCCAUCGCAGCUCCUCAGUACCAGGACGCCGUGGCCGUGGUGAUCGCUCAGGCCAAUCAGGUGUAUCACGACUUCCUCCAGUCGCCUGAGGGGCUGGGCUUCACUGGGCAGGUGUGCUUGGUGGCUGACUGUGUUGGUGGAGUGCUUUGUUUUGACGCACUGUGUUUUAGUGGUGACAAGCGGCACGGAAGUCCCAAGACAAACACUACAAACUACAGCACUGAGAGCCUCAAGGAGAAGCCGGGAGUGAUGAGCAGUCUGAGUCCCACUCUGAGGAGCAGCAAGCGCCUGAGUAAGAGCAACAUCGACGUUUCAGCACCAUGCGAGUCAGCACCCGCUCUCCGCCGUCCACUCAUCCGCAAGCAGAGCGACUCGUGUGACACGGACAUUGCUGGAAGUCAGAGAGACGUCUUCUUCAGCAGUCUGUCACAGGAUGAGCAGAUGAACUCUGCCCAGGCUCAGUACCCAGGCUGCUUUGACUUUGAGGUUUCAGACUGCUUUCUUCUGGGCUGCCCACUAGGACUGGUGCUCGCCAUGAGGAGAACCGUGCUGCCGGCAGUUCAGAUUGCCCAGUUGCGUCCGGCCUGCUCACAAAUCUUCAAUCUGUUCUACCCGUCUGACCCAUCUGCCUCACGUCUGGAGCCCCUGCUGUACCCGCCUCUCACCCAGCUGCCCCCCUUCACUGUGCCACGCUACCAGCGCUACCCGCUGGGCGAUGGGCGCUCCACCCUCAUCGCUGACACUGUGGUUAAACAGCUGUUGGAAGGAAGUGCUGAAAUUGUUCAGUCUGCAUGCUGCAAGACAGGGAGUGAUGGAACAUCUUCCAACACCGAUGCCAAAGACAGUCAGACAGACCAUACCAUCUCACAACUAUGUAGCAGGUGGUGGGGUCUUAAGCGGCUGGACUAUGUGCUCUACUGCCCCGAUGUGCUCACAGCAUUCCCCACUGUAGCGCUGCCUCAUCUGUUCCACGCUUCAUACUGGGAGUCUACAGACGCUGUGGCCUUCAUCCUCAGACAGGUGCUGCGCUGUGACUGUUUGAAGGCAGGAGAAGCAGACUGCUGUGACUCGGUGCCCAUCUCCCCAUCCAGCCCUCGAGAGAAGUGGCUCCGCAGAAGAACGCAUGUCAAACUGCGGAACGUGACGGCUAACCACAGAGUACAUGAUGUGAUCGCGACAGAGGAUGGGCCUCAGACGCUGGUGGGGAGGUUCAUGUACGGCCCUCUGGACAUGGUCACCCUCGCUGGAGAGAAGGUGGAUGUGUAUUUGGCGACCCAGCCUGGAUCAGGACGCUGGGUGCUGUUCGACACCGAGGUAACCACCAGCAGCGGUCGUGUCACCUACACCAUUCCUGCAAACAAGCGACUCUCAGUAGGAGUUUACCCCAUCAAAAUGGUGGUCAAAGGUGACCAGACAAGUGCAGAGGCGUUCCUCACUGUGCUGCCGCGAGGAAUGGAGUGUGUGGUGUUCAGCAUCGACGGCUCCUUUGCUGCCAGCGUCUCGCUCAUGGGUAGUGACCCGAAAGUCCGUCCUGGAGCUGUAGAUGUGGUUCGGCACUGGCAGGACCUCGGCUACCUGAUCAUCUACAUCACCGGUCGGCCCGACAUGCAGAAGCAGAGGGUGGUGUCGUGGCUCUCGCAGCACAACUUCCCCCAGGGCAUGGUGUUCUUCUCGGAGGGGCUCGUCCACGAUCCCCUGCGCCAGAAAACCAUCUUCCUCAGGAGCCUCAUCAAGGAGUGUCACAUUAAGAUCAGUGCAGCGUACGGCUCUAUGAAGGACAUGUCUGUGUACAGCGCACUGGGCCUGGAGGCCUCCCAGAUCUACAUUGUGGGAAGACCAUCCAAGAAACACCAGCACCAGUGCCAGUUCCUGAGUGAGGGAUACGCUGCUCACCUCUCCGCUCUGGAGUUCGAGCACGGCUCACGGCCCAAGAAGAACCGCAUGAUCCUGCGCCAGGGCUCAUUCGGUCUCUCCUCCAAGCCUGACUUCCUGUCUCCAUCGCCUGAUUUCUUGACAUGUAAGCGCACACCACUGCUGCGCCGAGCCAUGUCCAUGCAGCAGGCGUCUCCACCCUCUUCCUCGUCCUCCACCCCGAAACCAGAGCGCGCUCAGAGCCAGCCCGAGAGCCACAGGGACGGCCCCGAGAUCCGCAUUGAACUUGAUGAUCAAGACCCGGAAACAGGAGGCUUUACAGCUGUGCUGUGAGAAAAUAUGAUCACUUGGUGGAUUGGGAAAAAUCCACAAAGUGACAUGGGACAUUGUGCUUGUGGUAAGAUGAAUUAUUCUUUUUUUUUUUUUAAUUGAGGUGGUAUGAAAUGUUGCGGCCUUUUACCCAACACUUGACAUUCUGAAUUUCGUUCACAGUGAAACACCAAAUGUCAUUAGCUUCUCUGCCUACCAGCCUGUUUCACAGAGACAGCCAUGGAAGCCCCUGUCAUUCUUUAAAUCUUUUUUUUUCGGGGAUGUUUUGAAGCAGUCUGCAGACAAACAGUAAUGUGGUGCUCAGUGCAGGGCAGCAGGCUACCAUUUAUUACUGCUGACAAGCUGAGAGGCUCAUUUACUUAGCGAGCCCCUGUUUGGUUUGUGCUGACGCACUCGAGCUGCUCUGCGUCACUCGGUCGCUCCACUAGCGUACGGAUCCUGAAUAAGCCAAUCAGCACGACAAAGCCAGAAGUCCUUAAGAAAGCGCCUCUCACUUCUUUGUGAGCUCUGUUCCGACUGAGGGGAAUGAUUGGCGGAUUUGUCUCUGUUGAAUCUGCCCAGAGUCACUUGGGUUCUCGAGGCAUUGUUGACCACACGGUGGGAUAAUGGUGCCUUCAUAUUGGGUGGUUUGGGUUGUUAUUUUCUCUUAUUUUCUCACAGCAGCUAUUACGGCACUCUCUGCUUAUUUUCCGGGUUACAUCACAGGGAAAGUAAAAAUAUAUAGAUAUAUAUGUUUUGAGAAUGCUGGCUGGAUAACAAGAACAGUAAGCUCAUCUGUGCUUUCGAAAAGACUAAUAUACCUUCAUAUCAGUGAAAAAUAAUAGCAGUUUUAUUAAACUUUUAAAAUACUUUAUACUAGUAGGUGGUACUCUGGUAGGUAGAGAAGUACACAAACAUAAAAAGGGGAAUAAUCUACAUCUAAAAAUCUUAAAAAUGACUAUGUAUAUCUAUAGCAACCAUAUACAUCCUGUAUGAUCCCUAUAGACUUGCACUGAUUUGUUUCCCCAACGUUUUUUAAGAUAUAUGAUAGUGUGAGUCACAUGAAAACCUUUUAUCUUUUUUUUGUUUAUUGGAAAUAAUUGUGACUAAAGUUUACAGGGUUUUUUUCUUUUUUUUUUUUACAUAAUCUCCACUUUGUAUGAUGCAAAGCACAUAAUGGGUGUCCGGAUUCCCUCAGAAAAAAAUGUGAUUCGAUUCUAAUUUAUUAUUUAGUUAAAAUAAUAAGAUAAUAAUAAUGAUAAUAAGUAAAAAUAUUAAUAACUCACCCUCACAGAACUGGAGGUGUUUUUGGUGGAGAAAAGAGGACCAGUUUAGAGGCCAAGCGGAAAGUCAGAACUUUUUCGAAUUCUGUGUGUUUGAGCUACAAAGUGAGGAAAAAAACAUGGACGCCUCGAACUUUGUCUUUUGCUAGCAGUAAGCUAGCCAGGUAACUGUGAUGAGUGAUGUAUGUUUAUGUCCUCAGAACAGGGAACUGUAUAUUCAGUGUUACAGAUUUUGAUAUAUUUGUGUGUUGAUUACUGAUACAGUAUAAUUCAUUUAAAGGGAAGAAGUGUUUAUUUUGUUUACUGUUAAUGCUGUGAGCAGACAUGUUGAUUUGAACUUGUGACGGUGAGGAGACCGUUCCGAGUUCCCGAGUAGGAAUUUCGAAGUUGAGGGGUGUUUUCUUUGGGUUUAAUAGUCAGAGGUCGAAAAUGAUGAACGACAAUGUUUAUUCGAACGCAGCAUUAGAUCCCUAAUGAACAAGCCAGAGAUGACAGCGGCAAGGAAAAAGCCAGUGAGAGGACACGAGGAAGAAACCUCGAGACACAACAGGGAAGCCGUCCACUUCUGGGUAAGACCGGAUAGUGGGAUUAGUGGGAUAAAUCAUCACUCAGCCACAACUGUGUAUAUAGUAUAAAGUCAAAGUGUGUGAGAAUGAUGUUCAUUCUGAGCGUCAGGGUCUUUUAUGAUUACAGCAGAAGUUUUUAGGUAUACAAGUGAAGUUAAGAAACUGAAGGAAGAGUGAGUCUUAGGCAUAAAAUGUUUUUGGUAAGUGCAGUCUUUAGCGUAUCCACGUGAGACAGUAUUCAGUUCUGAGUUCUGUAAGGAAUAGUCUUUCACCUUGCAUGUUGUAGGAACUUUCAGCUGAUCAGAACUGAUAGCAAAGCUAGUAAUCAUGCUCUGAUUUUCUUCUCCACAGCAUGUGCAUGUUCUCAUUUACCAUCUCAUGACCUUGUCCUGAAACGCAGAAAAACUACGUCAGAACAGAAUCAAAUUCCUGCCAGUUUGAGUAAUAUGACAUGCUAAACAAAAGGAACGAUUUUAACGAUUCAGCUGAGGGAGAUAUCUCACCCGGUCCUCAACAGCACAUUUCAGUAAAGGUGAUGCAUCUGAUCAUUGAAACGAGAGCAGCUUCGUGAUCAACACAUGGAGGCCAAGAGCCCUGAAGGUAAUAACAAGGAAUGGGAUGUUUUAUUUGCAAGCACACAUUGUGAGCUGUGCCUGAAGCUCUCAUUAUGUAUGUGGUGUUCAUGUUUUCUGCUGGCUGCUGUUGUGGUCUUUUGUGAAGGUAACCAUGUGCGCAAGCAUCGGAACCAGCUCUAUUUAUAGCAGCACAGCAGUGACAGACCUGCAUUUGUUCCGAUUAUUCGGUGGCCUUGCCGUCUGUUCUCAGUGCUAUUUUAGCCGAGUUUUCGAAACCGUCCUUUGUUCAGAUCGUAACAUUCUGAACUGCCUGCAUAUCUGCCUCCCACUCAAUUCUCUUACAAAAAAAAACGGCAUUGCACAGUGUGUGUUUACGUAUUAGAUGUAUAUAUCAGUAUAUGCUGCUAUACACACAGCUGCAGCAUGUAAUACGUCUGAGAGUUACGUGUAUCUGUUACGUGCAGUUGCUAGCAAGUUGUAGUAAACUGUAGUUUUACUAGCAAUGAGAGAAAACUGUAUAUGUGUCCUGUAACAUACUGUAUAUAACUGUAUAUAAUUUAAACGAGUGUGUUGUUGGAAUAUGGUGUCUUUUGUAAAAGAAAAAAAAAUGAAAGAAAUUGAACAUUAAUGAUGUAACAAUAUAAUCUUUAAUAAAGAUUAUGUGAAUUAAAAUGUCUGGUAAUUUAAUGCAAGUUCUUUUAGCAGAGGUUAGGUGGGUGAAUCUUACAGGCCUUCUUAAAAAAAUGAAUCAUAACUAACGUUAUUGUUUAUAAUACAAAUGUACAACUGUUACUUUUAGGAAAUAGUGAUAUUAGUAGAGAGUUACAGUGCUUUGCAUAAGUAUUCACCCCCCUUUACACUGUUAUACAGGUUGUAAUAUUACAAUGGGCUUAAUUGGGAUUAUGUAUCAUGAAUAUACACUAAAUAUCUCAUUAUAUUGAAAUGAGGCCUUUUAGAAUCAGGCUGUAUUUAUAUUAAACUCACGUGACACUUUAAUUGUAUACAUGUAGACUCUAUUCAACUAAUUAUGUGAUUUCCGGUUGCACAAGAAUUAAUUUAGGGGUUUCACACCAACUGGGGUGAAUACGUAUGCGUAUUUUCCUCCCAC